AUGGAAAACCGCUCCAGUUCCGGGACGCCCAGACCGAGCGCCGGGUCCCCCGACGCGGCGAAGCGACCAAGCGAGACCUCGCCAGCCGCAGGAAGAAUUCCAGCCGGGCAGAAUGGCUCUAGCGGGGACAAGAAAAGAAAGGUGACAGAAGAAGGGGAGGCGUCCGAGAAAUCAGAGCCGCCGGCAGAUCGGCCUAUGUCCAAGCGCAAACGGAUGGAAGAGCGACACCAGAAACUUCGCAAGCGCGGGAGAACACCCCCGUCGGCAUACUCGCGACGCGACGCGGAGGCCGCGCCGGUGCCGAAUCGCAAUCGUGAUGAUCCCGCGAACCGUUCUCUUUCCCCUCUGCCCCACCGAUCUCCCACGCCCGAAGAGCAACCACGACAGCGGAAACGACCUGGCGGUGGAGCCCGGAUGGGGCUCGUAGACCGGGAAACGCUUCGUCGGCGGCAGGAAGAGAGGGAGCGCGCGCUGGUGGAGGAGGCGAUGCGGACGUCGCAGGGGCGCGGGGUGACCGACGUCGUCCGGCAGCAUUACAACGCGGUACCGCAGCGCGGCCGGGAAUGGCGCAAGACGGAGAGCAAGAUCAAGGGAUUGCGGAGCUUCAACAAUUGGAUCAAGAGCACGCUUAUCCAGAAGUUUUCGCCGGACGAGGAGUUCCUUGCGCGGCUCAACGACGGCCGGGACUGGGCUGAUGACAGCGGCCCGCCUCCCGCGGAGGAGAAGCGGCUGCUCGUGGUGGACUUGGGCUGCGGCAAGGGCGGCGAUUUGGGGAAAUGGCAGCUUGCUCCUCAGCCCGUGGAGUUGUACGUGGGACUUGACCCGGCGGAGGUAUCGAUUGUUCAAGCGCGCGAGCGCUACAACAGCAUGAAAUCUGGUCGCGGCAACCGCGGACGACGCAACCCUCUGUUCCACGGCGAAUUCGCUCCCAAGGACUGCUUCGGGGAGUGGCUUGGGGACAUAGGCAUCGUGCAGCAAGUCGGGAUCGACCCGAACGCCGGGCCGGGAGGAUCGGUCAUGAGCUCGCGAUGGGGCGGCGGCGGCUUCGACGUGGUGGCGUCCAUGUUCGCCAUCCACUAUGCCUUUGAAAGCGAGGAAAAGGCACGACAGAUGCUGCGGAAUGUUGCGGGGUGCUUGAAAAAGGGCGGCCGGUUCCUUGGAGUCUGCCCGAACUCGGAUAUCAUUAGUGCACGCGUGGUGGAGCUCAAUGCCAAGAGGAAGGCGCGCGAGGAGCAGGAGAAGAAGGAAAAGAGCGACGAGGCGCCCGAGGACGGUGAGGUCGAAGAAGACACCAAGCUGGAGUGGGGGAAUUCCAUCUAUCGCGUGCAAUUCCCUGGUAAGACGCCUGAGGACGGGAUCUUCCGGCCCCCGUUCGGAUGGAAGUAUAGCUAUUUCAUGGAGGAAGCCGUGGAGGAGGUUCCGGAAUACGUUGUUCCCUGGGAAGCUUUCCGAGCUCUGACGGAGGAUUACAACCUCGAGCUGCAAUACCGCAAGCCGUUCCUGGGGAUCUGGGGCGACGAGAAGGACGAUCGGGAGCUGGGUCCAUUAAGCGAGCGCAUGGGUGUCCGCGACAGAAACACGGGCGAGCUCCUGAUGACGGAGGAGGAAAAGGAAGCUGCAAAUUUCUACCAUGCAUUCUGUUUCUACAAGGUCUAG